GAUUAUUGAUUCUUUAGUUUCGGUUAGGAUUAUCCCUGGUACAUCAGCUUCAGUUUCAAGGGAUAUAUUAUCAAAAUUACCAAUAUCAGGGAUUUCAAAAGCAACCUGUUUUGAAUCUAAAUAA